AUGGCGACGAAGGCUCUCCGUCAGCGAAACAGACGGGGAAGCAAACAAGACGCGAACAACGUGAACAGCACACCUACCGCUGACAACCGAGCAACAAAUGACGACAAAUGUGUUGAGGAAAAUAACUCCAGUGACCCUCGAAAUGAGGAGUCAUCCAGUAAAGCAGGACAGGUGUGGGCUCCUGAGGGCUCCACGGCCUUCAAGUGCCUGGUUUCAGCCCGCUUCUGUGCUGCGCUGCUCAGUAACAUCUCAGACUGUGACGAAACCUACAAUUACUGGGAGCCAACUCACUACCUGCUGUAUGGAACAGGAAUGCAGACAUGGGAAUAUUCCCCGGCCUAUGCCAUUCGUUCCUAUGCGUAUCUUUGGCUCCAUGCUCUUCCUGUCUGCUUUCAUGCCAAAAUUUUACAAACCAACAAGGUCCUUGUGUUUUAUUUCCUGCGCUGCAUGCUAGCUUUUACCUGUUGUGUGUGUGAGCUCUACUUCUACAAGGCCGUGUGUAAAAAGUUUGGCUUGCAUGUGGGCCGACUUCUGCUGGCGUUCCUCGUCCUGAGUGCAGGGAUGUUCUGCUCCUCUGCAGCUUUCCUCCCCAGUACGUUUUGCAUGUACAGUACUCUGGUAGCUAUGACUGGCUGGUUCCAGGGGAGCCCAAGCCUGGCUGUGCUGGGUACUGCAGCGGGGGCCAUAGUGGGCUGGCCCUUCAGUGCUCUGCUGGGCAUACCCAUUGCCUUUGACCUGCUGUUUCUGAGGAAGAAGUGGAAGAGUUUUAUCACGUGGACUCUGGUGGCGUUGCUCCUCUUUCUGGUCCCUGCUGUUGUAGUAGACAGCUACUACUAUGGCAAGCUGGUGAUUGCUCCUCUGAAUAUAAUACUAUACAAUGUGUUUACUCCUCAUGGUCCAGAUCUUUAUGGCACAGAGCCCUGGCAUUACUACUUUGUGAAUGGUUUCCUUAAUUUCAACAUUGUAUUUGUGUUGGCCCUCUUUUCUCUUCCUCUCACGGCGCUUAUGGAGGCAAUGAUUCAAAGAUUCAAUGUUCAGAACCUCGGCCAGCCGUACUGUUUAACCCUGUCUCCUAUGUACUUGUGGAUGCUGGUGUUCUUCACCCGACCACAUAAAGAGGAGCGCUUUCUGUUUCCCAUCUACCCUCUCAUCUGUCUGUGUGGGGCGGUGGCUCUCUCAGCACUGCAGAAGUGCCAUCACUUCAUAUUGCAGCGCUAUCGUCUGCAGCACUACACCUACUCCUCCAACUGGCUGGCUCUCGGCUCCGUGCUGCUGUUUGGAGUGCUCUCGCUAUCCCGAUCUGUGGCCCUCUUCAGAGGCUAUCACGCUCCGCUGGAUUUGUAUCCAGAGUUUCAUCGCAUUGCUAAAGACCCUGCAAUCCACACGGUUCCUGAAGGAAGACUGGUCAAUGUUUGUGCGGGGAAAGAGUGGUACCGCUUCCCCAGCAGUUUUCUCCUGCCCAACAACUGGCACUUGCAGUUUAUCCAGUCAGAGUUCAGGGGUCAGUUACCUAAGCCGUAUUCCAUGGAUCCCGAUGCCACCUGGACAAUCCCAGCAGACAUGAAUGAUCAGAAUCUUGAGGAGCCGUCACGAUACGUAGAACUGAAGCAGUGUCAUUACCUGGUGGAUCUGGCGACUGAAACAGAAGCCCCUCGUGAACCACGAUACGCCACUAACAAAGAGGAGUGGAGCAUUAUUGCCGAAAAGCCUUUUCUAGACACUAACAGGUCGUCAAGAUUGCUCAGGGCCUUUUUUAUCCCCUUUCUGUCUGAGCAGUUCACCACCUACAGCAGAUAUGUCAUCCUCAAACCGAGACGACCCAAGCAGACCCAGAAAAGAACGCAAGGCUGACCUGCCGUUCCUGCUAUUUUUCCUUCAUUGCAUCCCUCCAUAAGUCCUGGCUUCAUCAUUUGGUCCCAAGAUGCUCCUCCUCAACUCUUUUUGUGCACACGUGUGAACAAGUGACUGCCAGAGAGACCAUCUUGGCUAUCAAGCCAUGCAGUGAAGACUUCAGUGUUGCUGCAUCCUGGUCAGUUCCAGCACAGAGCAUUGAUCCCUUACCCGUCUUUCCCGAUCAUCUCCGCUUCAAUCCAUUCUCUUUGUUCCUUUAUUCCUACUUGGGCUUCUCUGCAUCUUUCUAAAGCUUUUCAGACUAUUUCUGUUUAGACAGCCCUUUAAGGACUACAGUCCCUUGUUUGCUAUGACCUCAUCCUUGAUCUGGGACAAUGAAUUGCACAUGAACAGAACAUUAAUGAAGACCCAAACCAGAUCUCACGUGUCAUCAUCCAUCCGUCCAUGCAUCCAGAGCUGAACUUCCUGUUUGAGCAACUGGUCCAGGCAAGCCCUCAGCAUCUCAGGAUGAAAGUUGCACCAAAAACUCUCUUGGUUUCCUCAAGUUCCAUCUUUGGUAAAUGUGGCCAUCGACUGCAGACCAUGACUAUUAAGUGUUUACAUUCCAAAUCACGUUUUCAUCUUCAUCAAAUUAUUGUUAACUGUGAUUGAGUCAAAUAAAAGAAGGCUGUCUUUA